GACACCACUUCCUACAGCAGUGAAAGGCUGUAAGUUUCAAGAAUCACUGUAGAACUGAAUUUACCUAAGCCUGCAGUUAACUCCAUUAAAAUGUUGAGAAAAGGAAACUCUUCAGAGGACUCCGUUUUUCAUUCUGAAAGUUGGAACAGCUUCCGAAACUCAAGUAAUGACACCCCAGUCAGUCCUACAGAGAGUGUUGGAUCAGUAUUUAUAAGUUCAGAUGGAGAAAAUGGAACAGAUGAAAAGAGAAAGGCAGGAAAAUUGCCUACUGUGUUGCUGCAGACCCCCAGCAGUGAAAUGGAGUAUUUUGAUGAUCGGAAAAAAGUUGAUGUUGCUAGGACAAAGAGCAGCACAGAUAGUCCAGUCCUGUCAAUGGAUAUCAAGAGUGACUCCAAGAUUGAAAGGAAAAAACGUGCCUCAAAUCAGCUGAAGGCAAAUGCACACUUUCAUAAGCUGUUUCUAGAUGUUCCCAUUGAUGAGCCACUGAAACAAAGCUUCACCUGUGCUCUGCAGAAAGAAAUUCUGUACCAAGGAAAGUUAUUCCUUUCUGAAAACUGGAUUUGCUUCCAUUCCAAAGUUUUUGGUAAAGACACUAAGAUUAGUAUACCCGUGCUGUCAGUGACACUGCUGAAGAAAACCAAAACUGCCCUUCUUGUGCCAAAUGCCCUGAUCAUAGCGACAGUCACAGAUAGGUACAUGUUUGUCUCCUUACUCUCCAGAGAUACCACCUACAAGCUGUUAAAAUCUAUCUGUAGACAUCUUGAGGAUACAAGCGUAGGCAACAGUCCAAAUCCCUCUUCUGCAGAAAACAGCUUCAGGGUUGAUCGUCCUACAACCCUCCCCCUGGAUUUCAAUGAAGAUUAUUCUGAUCUGGAUGGAAUAGUACAGCAGCGAAGACAAGAGAUGGAGGAGUCCAGCAGCACAGGCUCACAGACACCAGAGCUGGAAUGCUUCCAAGAUUAUCAUGUUGUAGAAACACAGACUCACUUGAAAGUUUCCAAGACUGAGACCAAGUCUGUUCGUUCAGAUGCACAUAAUAAACGUGGACCUGAUGGAAAAGCCCGAAACAGUCCUCGAAAUGACCAUUCUGAAGCCUUCAGAUUCUUCCACAAAGUGAAGUCCCAGAAGCUCUUAUCUCUGAACCAUGUGCUUGUGUUUUAUGCAGUUGUUGUUUGUAUAUUAAUAUUUUCUACCUUCUACAUGAGAUAUAAAAUCAGUGUCCUGGAGGAACGUCUUAUGUCCAUCACAUCCUUUGAUUCACAUAUUAAGGAAAAUCCAGUGCACCAAGGUUUGGGAUCUCAUCUGCAAAUUAAUGCUGAUGCCCUGUGUGAUGAGUUAACUACCAAUCUUGUGAAAUUGGAAAAGAUACAGAACAACUUACAGAAACUUCUUGAAGAUGGUGAAUGAAACAUCAUUGUUCUUGGACUGCUUCAAACCUCAUUCUUCUGUCGUGACAAACAGUUCCAAAGGAGCUCUGCUGGCCAGAGUUCAAGCUUCUUUAUUUUCAGUCCAAGCCAAGCUUAAACUACUGUAAAGCUCAUGUCAUAAUACAAAAAGUCAGUUUAUUCUUGAACAUAUAUAUCUAUAUGUUUUGAAAACAUACAUGGUUUGAUCUACAUGCAUCUAUGUGUUUUAAAAAUAUGGGGAUUUUUCUUUCUCUUUUGUGUGUGAAUUAGUGGACUUUAUAGCUUGCUUGAUUCUAGACUUGCUUACACCAGUGCAAACCUGGUCCAUAUCCUUUUACCUCAACAUUUGCUUUAUACCUGUUGUCAUACAAACGUAAAUGUGAAGAAUUUCAGUCAUGACUCAUGUGCUGAAGUGCUGUGUGGAUGAGCAGGUAUCUCUUUUAGCUUUGGUUAUGGAACGGUGCUGUGCUCUUCAUUUUUACUUACUUCUUUGCACCCUGACAUCCCAAAGAUCAGAAAAUAGAUGCCUCUGCAUUUGGGUGUGCAAAGUCCUGAAUGUUUGAGGCGUGCUCAGUUCCCAGGUGCUGUAAAAAGUCUCGAUUCCACCUUCUGUGACAUUGUAUCACCACUGAGGGUAAGGUCUGUUUCUACUGAGCAUUCAGUUUCUAUUGGAGUAAAGCUUGAAAUCUGUAUGGACUUGCCAACUUACAAUCUAGUUGUUUAUGAAUGGCAGAAUGGGUGUGACACACCUGCACAAUUUAGAAAAGCCACUUGGGUUUUUUUUUGUCCACUCAUGUCGUCUCUGUCCUUUACGUUAGUCAGUGUGAAGACCUCAGUCAGCUUUCCUUGGAGUUGAAUGGGGUUUUGGUUGGCUGAGCAAGUGCAAUUUAUACUCCAGUUAGUGAAAAUCUAGCCUUGGUAUGUGACUCCAGGGACUGGAUAUUUCCACAUAAUAGGGACUGGCAAAUUAAUGGUGCAGCAAUAUAAACAAUCAGUAGAGUGAAUGAAAAAGUGGACACCUGCUUUGUUUUAUCACAUACUGUUUUUUUCAGAGUGCCUAAGAUGGGGAUUUUUAGCUUUCUGAUUCACCAAGCAGGCUCAUUAGUUUUUAAAAGCAAUAUUUAGGAUAAUAACAACUACUAUCUGUAAAGUAACAGUAUUGUUUGUAAUAUGCUAUGCAUUUUAUAACCAUUUCUGUGAAAUGUACCUACUAUGUUUAAAUAAACUUUUUUAAA